CUAGAUCAAUGAACUGAGCCAUGUUCAAAUCCCUGUUAUGUUGAUGCCAGAUGAUUUCAAAGCAUACUCAAAGAUAAAGGUGGACAAUCACCUUUUCAACAAAGAAAACAUGCCAAGUCAUUUCAAAUUUAAGGAAUAUUGUCCAAUGGUUUUCCGUAAUCUAAGAGAGAGGUUUGGAAUUGAUGAUCAAGACUUUCAGAAUUCAUUGACAAGAAGUUCGCCCCUUGCCAAUGAUUCUCAAGCACGCAGUGGUGCUCGUUUCCAUACAUCUUACGACAAAAGAUAUAUCAUCAAAACUAUAACAAGUGAAGAUGUAGCAGAAAUGCACAACAUACUGAAGAAAUACCAUCAGUUUAUUGUGGAGUGUCAUGGAAAUACACUUCUUCCCCAGUUUUUGGGCAUGUACCGACUUACUGUUGAUGGAGUUGAAGUAUAUAUGGUUGUUACAAGAAAUGUGUUCAGCCAUCGUUUAUCUGUGUAUAGAAAAUAUGAUUUAAAGGGCUCUACUGUGGCUCGAGAAGCCAGUGACAAAGAAAAGGCCAAAGAGCUGCCGACGUUCAAAGACAAUGAUUUUAUUAACGAUGGCCAAAAGAUUCAUAUUGAUGAGAAUGACAAAAAGAUGUUCCUUGAGAAACUCAAAAAGGAUGUUGAGUUCCUUGCUCAGUUAAAACUCAUGGACUACAGCUUGCUGGUUGGAAUUCAUGAUGUUGAAAGAGCUGAACAGGAAGAAGUAGAGUGUGAAGAGAAUGAUGGAGAAGAGGAAGGUGAAAGUGAUGGGACUCACCCCAUUGGAACCCCUCCAGACAGUCCAGGAAACACACUGAACAGCUCACUGCCUUUGGCCCCAGGGGAAUUUGAUCCAGCUAUUGAUGUUUAUGGAAUAAAAUCCCAUGAAAAUGCCCCUAGAAAGGAAGUAUACUUUAUGGCCAUUAUUGACAUUCUUACUCAUUAUGAUGCAAAAAAGAAAGCUGCCCAUGCUGCAAAAACGGUAAAGCACGGGGCUGGUGCAGAAAUUUCAACUGUUAAUCCUGAACAGUAUUCAAAGCGCUUCUUGGACUUUAUUGCCAACAUCUUGACGUAACCUAUCGUGUUACAUAGGACAGACACGAGACCUGGGGACAGCAGCAGUGGCUAAAAGUGGAGGGAAAAAAAAGAACUCAGAGAAGGACUCAUCUUGCAGAAAGCAACCCCUUUGUUUACAUCUGCUGGCAAAGAUGACUGAAGUGGGGUGGAGUACUUGCUUUAACAGCUGCCUGAUAUUCCCAGCAUAGUUCUAGCUAUUUCUGACUCUUUUGUGUGUGCAAAAAAAAAAUAAAAUAAAAAUUUAAAAUAAUUUAAAUAAAUAGAACAGCUUACUCAGAGUGCACUGUGACAGUAAUACUCUGAUGCUACCAGCUGAAACGGAAUAAAUGAGCAAAGAGGUGUGGGGUGGGGGUGGGGAAGAGUAAAUGCAUGUUAAAUCUACAAUAUUGAUAUCAAAUUGUAAACUGUGGAUCAGUUUAUUUUUUGAACUAAAAAGAUACAUGACAGUAUUCUUCAUGAUGAUGAUGAUGAUGAUGAUAAUGAUGAUGAUGAUGAUGAUGAAGACCUUACGAAAAAAAAGAGGAUUACACCCUGCACACUGGCACUCCUUAAAAAAGCAGCUGCAACAGCCCUUGGUGCCAGAAGCUUUUCCCAUUUGGUUCCUAGCAGUUGGGUUUUUCCCUUUUUUUCCUCCCUCUCCUGUUUUUGUCUCCUUUUCAGCACAUUGCAUCAGGAAGUUCAGCCUCUCAGCCACCUGAGAGCUGGCACCUCUUAUCUUACAAAGAGCUAACGUCGUUCAUGCUGUGUGUACAUUUUUGCUAUAGUCAACUUAUGUUAAGGGAAAACUUUCCUCAUUUCAGUUUGUUACCUGAAGUUUUCUUUUGUUUUAUAUUCUUGCAA